AUGAGGCGCGGGAGGCGGGCGUGGGCGUGCUGGUCCACUGCCUCGCGGGAAUCUCUCGCUCCGUCACCAUCACUGUCGCCUACCUCAUGUACAAGGAGAAGCUCAACCUCGAGGAAGCCUACGAGUACGUCCGCGUCAAGAAGGCCAACAUCGCCCCCAACUUCAACUUCAUGGGCCAGCUGCAGGACUUCCAGCAGCAGCUCAACCUGUCGCCUCACAAGUGCCAGUGUGUGGCCGAGUGCCGCUGCCGCCACCUCCACUUCCUCACGCCGGCCCGCACGUCCCCCGACUCGGGCAUCGAGUUCGACCGCUUCUCAUGAGGGCUGACCCCCGCUGCCUCCAUGCCCGCGGGCGGCACCCCCAGACUCUGCCUGGAGUCCCCCGCACCGCCCGCCCUUCCGCCCGCGGGUGUGGAGGCAGUGUGCGGCCCUGGCGGGGCCCGGGCCGACGACCACACUGAGGAGGACGAGGGGAAAGGAGGAGACGAAGGGGAAGAAGACGAGGGGGAGGGAGGAGCGGAAGGAGGGAACGACGAGGAGGAGGAGGGCUCCGACCUCCCCACCUGAGCAGCCUCGGCGGCGACGGCCCCACCCAAGUGCCAAAGGUGACCCUCCCUCUCGCCUCCUACACGGCUCCCCUUGGGAGUGUCCUACCCCCCACCCGGGUGAGCCCCAGGGGAGGAGCCCCGGGUCACCACACACGGCAGGGGGGAGGGGCCAGGAGGAGCCUGCGGCCCCCCUUGCCAUAAUCCAAACUUCCAGGUACAAAUUUCUCGACGAGUGAUCUCGCUUCUUUCGGGGAACCGCGUCGGCCGGCGACGGGGCGGGGGCGGCGCCGCCACCUCCGCCUCCGAGCCGGCGCUACGUUCAUUCAGAGGAAAAUAUCUUUUAUUUUUAAGGAAGAUAUGUGAACAGUUACGAAGUGUGGUGUUCAGGCUGCCACGAGCCUCUAACCAGUGUGUUCAUCAGUUGAACUUCAGCGAGUGCGAAAAUGUGUGUGAAGGUUUGAGACGUUUCUUCUGUACAGUUGUCUGGAUGCAACACUAUGAGGUGAUAAACAAUCAUAAAUAUUUCAAAAAAUACAAAAAAGUCUUAAAAGAAACCCCAAAACGUGAUACAGAUUGUUUUUCCCAGUAUUUUGGUACCACAACAUGGAGAAAGACGGUACGCUUACCUUUCCAAAAACAAACAAAAAAAAAAAAAAAAAAAAAAAAACUCACGAGGCGGCGACGGUGGGGAUUCGCUUAAAAAGAAAACCAAUCCCUUACAAUAUAUAUAUAUAGAUGUAUUCCCCUUGAUGUGGAGAGAAAGAGAGAGAGAACAAGAAAACAAAAGCAAACAAAAAAAAAGAAAUUGAAGAGACAUUUCUGGAAAUAAAAUAAAUGAUCAUAAAUGUUUUGGACUUCCAUAUUCAUUUUGAAAGAAAAACACGGCAAAAAAAACGUGUUUUAAAAGUCCGUAGUGCACCUGUGUGUUGUCCCGCCAUCAAAGGGUUCAUCUUGACCUCCUCGCCGCGCCUCUCGAAUUCGCACCUCCUCAGGGAUCGGGUCAGGCUGGGUCACAUGGAAGGAGGAACAGAAGGUCAUUCAUUCAGGGUCAUUUGGAAAGUAAAGAAAGAGGAAUAGGAAGGAAAAUUCGUUAAGGAAGAAGGGGAGGAAGGAGAAGAGAGAUGGAAAGAUGAUUAUAGAUGGAGAAGAACAAGGUAAAUUCAGCUCUGUGAAUUUCCCUUGGGUGCAAGAGAGAGAUCCUAAGGUAUAUGGUAUAUUUUUUCACUUGUCAUACUCGACAGGUAGUGAUGUGGUUUGACCAUGUGUGAGCAGGGUAGAAAACUAAAUUGUUUUGGAGUUUCUUGUGCGGGGUUCUAAACCCUUUAUUAUUCUUUGAGCGUUUAGAAAACAGAUUUUUUUGACUUCCUCUCCCUAAACCCACCUGACAAGACCCUGAGGCGAUGCAACCCUCUUGUAAAUUGCUUUAAAGCAGGAGAUAUUGGAAAUAACUAACACGAGUAUUUACACAUAUAUAUAUGUAUUUGUGAAACGGUCUACGUACAAAAUUAACAAAAAAAAAUAAUCAUAUGUAUCACAUUGAUUUCCUUUUUUGAAGAUAAAAAAAUAAUAAUAAUGAUAAAUACAAUGAAAGUAAUAUAUUUUUAAUGUUAUAACUCGAACGGCCAACGUGCUUUUUUAUUUCUUAUACGUGUACAGUUUAACUAGACUACCAUUGUUCAUAUCACCGCUCAAAUGUCUGGAUCACGUGGUACAGGCGGGCGCGGUGGGGGCGAGGGGGCGACGCUCCUUCUGACUGCCAAAUCCACACUCUUGAACCCCCCUCCCUCCGCUGGGGCCCUCCUACCCCCUCUCCCCAUUCAUAUCCCCCCCCUACCCCCUUACGAAUCCUCCGACAUCAACUUUUGAGUAAUCUUCGCACAAUUCAUUGUCUGGACGUGUGUAUACGCAGGUGUGUGUGUACGUACACGGGUCCCCUGUGUGCGUACGUCCCACAUUUGCGGGUACACACGAGGAGUCGAUUUGGUGAUCUCUGCUUUCAAAUAAGAAUGUGGCAACUGUCGACCGCGAAGUGCCUUUUUGGAGUCGAACUUUCUUAUACACUGUGGAAGCUGAAGUCUUUAUAUAUUGUCGUAGACUGUCAUUCGUGCUCAUCCCCAUAGAGAUAGGAUAUUGUAUUUUUUCACUCGAAUCACCUAAACUUUAAAAAAAGAUACAUUUAACGGAGUCUGCCGCGAGCCGUACUAACUUUACUUCUUUCUGUCUUUUCUUUUUUCUCUUUGUAAAAGCCCUAAGUACUUAAUUGUUUUACAUGUGUAUAAAUAAAGAGAAGAUAUUAGAUGUAGCUUUUGUGAAGAAAAAACAACAAUACUUUUUGAUGAAAUGAUGUAUGUUCCCCCCCCCCCCCCCCCCAACCCAGAUAACAUGUACUGCAUGCCGAGGUCCCCCCCCCCCUUUCCUCAAAUCUUUAGCUCGCGGUAAACAUGUCUCCUUCCUCCCCCAAACCAGACAAAAAAAAACAUCACACUCACACGCCCAUACACCAUACACGCCAUAACAUUACCAUACACACGAGAUUUGUAAUUUUUUUUUUAGUGUACACGGCCCGAUCGACAACCAGUACUGAUCACUCACGCUUAACUAUUGCCUGGCGAUGUGUACACUUUUUGAUCACACACACUCGUCGCCUACCAGUCAGUAUUGCCAAGUAGCGGUGCGUCAAAGGCAGUGUUACGCUUCUAGGAACUCCGCUGGCCUAAAAAAAAAAGAAGUUUUAUCCUUAUUUUGGUCUCCACAAUGUAAAGUCACGUAGGCCUAUAUCCCUGGCGGAGGAAUAAAACGUCUUUGUUCUUGUGUUGUCCAGCAGCGAUCACACAGUUUCCCAUCCUCACUACACGACACAUACAAGAUACGACACCUAUAUAAACUAUACUAUAGGGCUAUGUCGUUUGUUUGUUGUUUUUUCAAACAGUGUUGGAUCCAAAUGUAAGGUUAGGAAGACUGCGGUCGUUUUGUGAUCGCUGAACUUCACUACUUUUCAAUUUGAUUACUGUUUGGUGUCUUGUAAAUGCCAUAUGCGUUUUGUAUUUCUCGAGUUGUAGUAGACAAUACCAAUCCGAUUGUUGAAUGACGCUACCCAACCCUUUCCACACUCAUGUAUACUCCCAUCAUUAAGUACGCGUGUAUUUUUAUCACACACACACACACACACACACACACACACACACACACACACACACACACACACACACACACACACACACACACACACACACACACACACACACACACAACGAAGUCUAAAAGAAAAAAAAAAACUUUGACCUGCUGGACCCCAGGAUCGUACUCUCCAUCCAUCUUCUGUACUCAUCCAUCCAUAUGUAUUCCUCAACAUUGGACACCACCAGCUUCCAUGCUCUACCCACAUGUAGCAAUACACUGACCCAUGUGAAAGUUGAUGCGCUUGACGGAAAAGCAGGAUAGAACACAAGGUCUCCACUGAAAAAAAAAAAAAAAAAAACGCUGUAGGUUGUCGUGUGUUUGUAUUUAUUACAUUUGUUUCUAAUCGGUUUUGACUUUUUUUUUGUAAGAACAGAAAUUCCCCUGUUUUUGGGGGCGAAGAAAGUGAAUGCUAUGUGGUAUGUCACCUUUAGGUUGUGUCACUUGUUUAAAACAAAACUGCCUAUAUAAACUACACUGUACGGCUUUAUUUGUAUGUACAUACCUCACAUAUAUAUAUAUAUAUAUAUAUAUAUAUAUAUAUAUAUAUAUAUAUAUAUAUAUAUAUAUGAGGAGUCUCCAGCACAAAUGAGAAGGCCUAGCGUCCUAUUCUGCCUUUGUGUCCCUUAGACGGAUAGCCAUCUCGAACCGGGGUCAGAACCGGCGACUGAACCAGGUUUCUGAUGUUUAUUCGCUUAAUUGAUCAUUUCCGAGAGAGAGAGAGAGAGAGAAGAGAUGAGUUAAAAGUCUUCUAUUUUGCAUUGAGAUAUAGAUGAAAAAGAAUAGUUUUUUGUAAUAGUAUUUACUGUUACUGUUAUUACUCUAUUUAACUAGGAAUAUCGUUAUGAUAACUAUCCAUAUAGUUAUUUUUUAUUAUUAUAAUUAUUCUGAUUAUUGUAAUUAGUACUGUUUAUAUUAUUAAUUUUUCCCCUGAGUCCUCCUUUUUAAGUUUUUUAAUGUAAUGCAAUAAAUAAGACACGUUUUAAUGUUAUGUUAUCCUUUGUCCUUUGUUUGUUUGAUGACGUCACUCGUUGCCGUUUUUCCCUUCCAUGUCUUUCUUUUUCCGUUAUUGUAAACAUGAAAUUGUAUAGUUAUUUUCUUCCAAGUCACUGUAUUCUUUCUUUCUUGGUAUUUAUCCCCUGUUCCCCUCAUUCGUUACCUUGCCUCUACUGUAUCUGUUUAACCAUAUCCAUCCCUCUAUUUUUUUAAUCGUAUUUAUCCUUGUUAUUGUACACUGAUCGAUCACCCAACCCCAACCCCCUACUCUUUUCCAUCGUCCCCCCUCCUCCUCCCCUUCCUCAUUUCCGUUUUCUUUGUCGUUCUUCUUUCCCGUUUUCUUUACUUUGUCGUUCCUCCUUCCCGUUUUCUUUACUUUGACUGGUAGUUGUUAAGACCCGUUUUAUUACCUUCAUGUAGACAACCUGCCGUUCAUAUAGAAGGAUGUUACUAUAUUUUGGAUAAUAAAUAUUAUAAAUGAAU